CGCAGGGUCGGCGCUAUAAUCAUCUAAUCGCAAAGCUGCUUUUGCUGCUGGAUUAGGAUUAAUUUUAUAGUCGUAACGCCGUGCGUGUCAAGCUCAAGACAAGUGUUGGUGAAAAGUCGGAGAGCUACUGCUUCUGUGACUUUACCAGCAGAGAUAGAUUCCCGGUAAGAUUUAGACAGGACGAAACGGAGCCUCCUCGAAAACGUAAGAACAAACUUGCUUUUUUCAUAGAACUACCAGUCUUUCGCAAAAAUUUGUCAUAGCAGACCGCAGCAACAACUUGAACUUGAUAAUUCGAGCCUUCCAUAUCGCGUUUGUGUUUUUGCCAAUGCCGGUAGAAUUUAUUUGGAGCUUUUGUUUGCGAAAAUUAUUUGUAAACGAGAUGGUUUCAGGCAAAGAAGCACAACGAGGUGAGGAGGAUCUGCUGUGAUUACAGCUCGUUCAUCACCAUCGUAGUGCGUUACUUGCAACACGACAGACUGCACGAUACGACCAUGUCGAAAAAACAUGACGACCACUACAGAUAAUGACGAAAAUCUAAUGACAAAAUCGAAUGACAGACGACAAUAGAAGAAGGAGCAAAGCAAUUAGUCCGAAAAUACCCGGGUCUCUGCUCUGCUUUUUUUUUUCGGAAAAAAUAACUGCAAUGUACCUAGCUUGAUACAACCCUGUACUAUACUUCCUUUUGUCCAAAUCCAACAACAAAACCUAUCAGCAAUGGUGGCAAUUGUGAGUAAAAUUCAAUUAUGGGUCGAAAGUAAAAGAUUUUUAUACGUAGGUGUAGACGUCGUCGCCCGGACCACAGAGGAUGCAUCCAGUACCUUAGUUGCUACUAAGCGAAGGUGCUGGCCGCGUCGCAGGUCGGGUGAGCAGGCAGUAGAAUCAGGCCACAGAGUGCAAAUCAGGUUCGGACAGACAAACUUUUCCGAUGGUGCUACUAUCAGAGGAUAUCGUGAUACGAUACAGAAAUAUUGAAAUUAAUAGUGUGGCUUCGAUAGUGGAAAUACUUACCACACAGCAAGCUGUAUGUGACGACAGGCUGCCGCGGCUCUUGAUCAUAUCAGAAACGUCAAGAACGUUGCCAGUAAGUGCAGGAAUCACAUUUCUAGUAGAAUCGGGUUCGUGCUCUUUAUCGUGCGAGAUGUUCCUUCAGGAACAUCAGAGACAGGAUGCGAGGUAUUUUUCACGUGUAAUUCUACAAUAUUGCUGCACGGUGAUACAUGAUUGAGCUUCUGUUUGACAACUGCAGAUCCUCUUUCCUGGCAUUCUGAGAACAGUUGGAACGAGAUUGCCGGGUAAUUUGGAUUAGCAUAGUUGUACCUUACUGUUACUCCACUGUGACUGAUGACCUGUACACUAGAGUCGGUGGAGCCCGUCUUGCAUUUUAGACUUCACGACCUAAGGGCUUUCAUCAAUUUCCCACUUGCAUUCUCCCCCAAUCAAUAACCUACACUUCUUGCAGCGUACCAUGGCAUUUCUUGUCACCGAGCAUGAUGUGAAGCUAUGAUAAAUUUACCCUUGCGACAAGGCGCGUGGUUGCAGCUACUUACCUGUGAGGACAUCUUCAUAGAAGCGGUGGCAGGAUAUUGAUCUAAUACAGUACGAGCCUGCAGCCUGUCGUUCGAUGUGAAUCUGUCAAAGAUAUCGGACCCAGUGGAUGAAGAUAGGAGUCACUCUUCAGCACUUUAACCCGGCAAGGGCAGCACAUGCGUGCGCCCUUGUGAAAAUAUUUGAAUUUUAUGUUUUGUAUGUAAUACUAUCGCCGGGGAAAGAACAGGACAAAAAGUAGACCCUCCGACGAUAAUUACAACAAAAACAUUUACUGCACGUUUUGCCACCAUUGAAAAACCGUUUCUUUGCCAGAGCCAUGUAUCUUGGCAUCGAAAAACUGCAACACUAUUGCCGUUGUUGGUGAUAGAACAAAAAACGAAAACGUAUGGAAAGAUAUAACCUUGCAAAAGUACCAAU